UUAGUUAGCAUCAAGUCAGUUCUUUGGAUUAUUAGGCACCAUGACGUUUUUUAUUUUCCUUCUUAAAUUCUCGAAAUUAAUUUUGUAUUUUAAAUUAGUGUCGAGUGAGUCUUUUUCUGCGGAAGAACCGUCAACGUGCAAAGUUUUUGAACCCACAUUGCCUUACGGCCGUUUAAAAAAGCAUAUUUUUUGCAAUUACGAGCAGGAGAUUCGCCCCAGAGAACAACAUAAAAAUACAACUGUCAAUAUACUGUUGUUACCAAAAUUAAUGGAAUUUGAUUCUGGUGCGAAUAAGUUUACUUUGAACUCGUGGCUUCGGGCAGAAUGGAACGACGAUCAUUUGAAGUGGAAUCCUGAAGACUUCGAUAAUAUGGCAGCACUUCAUGUUAAAAGUUAUGAAAUUUGGUUGCCUGAUUUAUCUGUUUGGAACUCAGCAGAUCUGAAUUCAGAUUUAAUAUUUUCAUCAAUUGCAUCAUGCUUUGUCGCUCAUACUGGUUUCGUGGCUUGCAUUCCAUUUAUUAAAACUACUGUUCACUGCUCAUCAGAUUAUGAAAAUUGGCCAUUUGAAAAACAAAUCUGUCAAAUAAAUUUGUCUUCUUAUUUUCACUAUUCGGACGAGGUUACUCUGAAAGUUGUGCAAGAUAAGAUCAUGAUGGAUCAAUACGUGCCCAAUCAGGAAUGGUCUAUCGUUAGUAUAACAGCAACGCAAGUCCCAGGCUACAUUUGGCCAACAGUUGUGUAUGAAUUCCAUCUCAAAAGACAUGCUGGAAUAAUGUUUACACUUUAUGUUAUACCUGGCAUUGUUCUAAUGAUGCUUACACUUGUGAUGCUGUGGAUGGAUGUAAAUUCUGUAGAUAGAAUUUCGCUUGGAAGUGUAAAUUUUAUUUGCCAUUUGUUUUGUUUAUACGAUCUUCAUUGGCAAAUUACUGCAAGUGGCAGAGCGAUUCCCUAUUUGCUGAAAUUUUAUCAGAAUUCAUUAGCACUUGCUGUAUUCAGUAUGGUUCUGACAAUUUUGUUACGUAAUUUGCAAGUUGUCACUACAUCUUCUCCAAACUGGAUUUCUUCAUUAGCAGUUUUUGUCCUGAGAUAUCGUCUAGGAAGACUUUUUAUACUGAGCGACGAAGAAGCAAAAUACUUUGUAGAAGUGGAAGAAGAGACUGAAAAUAAUGCCGAAUCCAUGCAGUAUGUUACAAUAGCGACAAAAAAGGAAGAUACUUGGAAACGCUUCGCAAAAAUACUUGAAUGCUUGUCCUUUUUUUGUGUUCUGGUCACGUACAUUGUAUUGCUUUACACUUGCAUACCAAAAAAAUGAAUCAUUUUUAUAUGAACAGUUCUUUCACUAGAAUAAUCUUUCUAUUUGUAUAAACAAAUUUUUCAAACAUUUUUUUGUGUGAUUCAAGAUCGUGUGUAUACAUUCAUUUAUUAACACAAAAUUAAGUUAUUUUGUAUAUGCAUUACACUUACUUAAUAUGAAAUAUUCUCCUGAUCAAUAUGAAUACAGAAAGAUUCAAAAAGUAGUUAAAAGAUUCACCUGUCUGCAAAACGUAAAUAUUAAUGAAGAGAUAUCUUUUUAUUUAGAUAGGGAAUAAGAAUAAUUAUGUAUUGAUUCUCUAUAAGUAUGAUAUUUUUCCAAUAUGAAGAAAUUUCUAUAAAUCAACCUCCGCAUGGCGCUACUGCAAA